GUUACCUCCCGUUUGUUGCAUUAACGAUAAACAUCUUUGCCAUGUUCAGAACAAAGUGAUCUUGGGGUAUAAACUCAGGUUAUUUAUCGAUCUGACAACAUUAGAGAAUGGAGACAAUAUCGGAGAAUUCCACCACAUCUGAUGGUGGCCAUGAAGGACAUGUACACUUCGCCCCAGAACAAGUGGAAUCUCAUAACAUGGAAAUCCAAGUGAAAAAUAUAAACGACGAUACAAUAGACAUACAUUUGGGUUUUCUAAAAGUCCAUCAUUACUAUGAAGUUUCCUUCUGUGUUCAUGAUAAGUUGGGAGAAGAUGUUGAAACGGAUCCAUUACAAAAUGUCCAUGUGACCGUACAACAGAUUACACCAACAGAAGCUGGAAAUGGUCAUUCGCUUAUGUUACAUUUUUAUGCUCAUAAAGAAAAGCUAUUAAAGGAGAUACUAUUCCUCAAAAGUUGUAGUGAUCCAGAAAAGACUGUGAAAUUAAUUUUACACGCUAGGGUGCUAGGUAGAGGAAAGGGAACACCCGCUUUAAAGAAUGGCAUCAAAUGUUUUAAAGUGGAUCCGGAAUAUGAUUCUGACGCUAUGAGUGACUGGCAAGGCUUUUAAUGUUUGUGAAUGUCAAGUUUUUUUUAAAAGUUCCAAACUACUUUCUACGUAUUUCAAGUCUGAUCCUUGUAAUGAAACAAUGGUAUUGACCUUUACUAAUAGAUGAGGAAUAUACUGUCGGUUGUUUUAUUGAUGACGUUUAAACUUCAAGGGAAUACUAGUAUAUGUUAUAAUAUUGUGUAUGUUGUAUCAUCAAAUGAUAUUUUAAUCAAAAGUCUGUUGUACAAAUUAGAUAUAUAAACGUCA